GUCAAACAUGGAAAAAAUAUCUAUUACAACUUACAGAAAUGGAGCCGGGGAGGCCAAUGGCAAGAAACUGAGGAGGUUAUAAAGGAAAUCCAAAUGCGUCCGGCUGGAGACUUUGUUCUGCCGAUCCGAUACAUUAGAACCACACUCCCUGACUUCAUCAUCAAUGAGGUGUUUAAUGGUCAAGCAAGAGUGGAGUUCGCCGCAAAAGCCGCACGAAGAGUACCUAAUAGAGGAUAUGACUUCUCCAUCCCGCAUAUGAUUUAUUGCUUGUACCUGGAGAUAAGGCAUGAACUAGCUAAAUUUGACUUUAGCAACGUUUUGUCCAUUGUAGACGGAUAUGCCCUAACUUACUUUAUGGAGGAAAGAUUUGGAUAUUGGGAAAAACUGAAAGAAGAGUUACGCUCGAGGGUCUGCGUAGAUGGUAUUCCAGCCAUGUUUGGCUUGGUCUAUAACUUUUGGUCCGGAGAUUGGAUAACGGACCAUCGCAAGGACGAGGAGCAGAUGGAGGUCAUCCGCAGCAUGCUCUGCCGCCACAAGGCAAUCAAGGUCAAAAUCAAUUCCAAGGGCAGGGACAUGGACAAGGACAUGGCAAAGGUAGAAAUGGAGGACGAGGAAAUGGCCAUGGAGGAAGAGGAUUCAGAGGACGAGGAAAUGGCGGACAAGGAGGAAGUUGGGGAAAUCAAGGAGGAGCUCAGUCUGGAAACUACAAUCAGAUGUUUGAAGGCCGUGGGAAAGAAGGACAAGGGGAGGAAGAAAUGCAAGGCUGAUAAGAAAAAAGAAACGAGAGAGCAGCGCAGAAGCGGAUCCCAGAAUGCAAAAACAGAGCGGACCAGUAGCCGCAGAAACGGAUCAAAAGUUACUCUCCCAUCAAGUCAGAGGGAGAUUUCAAAGUUGAAAGAACGCAAUGAGUCACCCCCUGGGACUCCUGCCCCACGGAACCGUGCCAGCGGCGUCGAGAACUGUCCACCCAAGGCCCCUGAGAAGAGGUCGCGGGAAGACGGAAUGUCAAAGGUGCACCGCAGGACAAAGAAGAGAAUCACGUACAAAAAGGACAGAAUGGUGGAGAUGAUCGAUUUGAGAGGCUCGAACGAUAUGCACAGCGCGGCCCGAGAGGAAGCAGAAGAGGAACACGACCAGUCCAUAUCAGAAAAGUUUGACGGGGAGGAGAACGAGGCAACAAGUGACGAGGGAGGUGACAGUGAAACAUCUGACAGACAUUCUCGCGACACUCACAACGCUGAUGACGAGGACGGCAGGAGCAGCGACGGCACAGCGCAGGACGAGGGCGGUGAGGGGGCAGGCGAAGACGACAGAAGCACGGACGAAAGAGAGAGUUCCCCAUCUCCAGGAAGAACGUGACGCACGAGAGAACCCGAAAGUGGCAGCGAGGGAGGCGCAUCCGACGCGCCCUCGAUUGACACACAAGUAGUGAGGCACGACAACGCAGUUCAAAAAGGUAAACAAAAUAUGCUACAGUUG